UGAAGGCUGACGUGUCUGCCGUUUCCCUGUGGCGGGGCGAGCGGAGCAGUGAUGGCGGACGCCUGGGAGGAGAUCCGGCGGCUGGCGGCUGACUUCCAGCGGGCGCAGUUUGCAGAGUCCACGCAAAGGUUGUCAGAACGGAACUGCAUUGAGAUUGUGAAUAAAUUGAUCUCUCAGAAACAGCUGGAAGUAGUCCAUACACUUGACGGCAAGGAAUAUAUCACUCCAGCCCAAAUCAGUAAAGAAAUGAGAGACGAGCUACAUGUCCGAGGUGGUCGAGUAAACAUUGUUGACUUACAACAGGUUAUUAAUGUGGACCUGACUCAUAUUGAGAAUAGAGUCAGUGAUAUUAUUAAAUCAGAGAAGCACGUGCAAAUAGUACUGGGACAACUGAUUGAUGAGAACUAUCUGGAUCGGUUAUCAGAAGAGGUGAAUGAUAAAUUGCAAGAAAGUGGUCAAGUAACUGUUUCAGAACUGUGUAAAGCCUAUGACCUUCCUGGGGAUUUUCUGACACAGGCAUUAACUCAGCGACUUGGUCGGAUUAUCAAUGGCCAUCUCGACCUUGAUAACAGAGGAGUGAUUUUCACUGAGGCCUUUGUAGCUCGCCAUAAAGCACGUAUCCGUGGACUCUUCAGUGCCAUUACCCGGCCUACAGCAGUGAACUCUUUGGUUUCAAAAUAUGGAUUUCAGGAACAGCUCCUUUACUCUGUGCUUGAGGACCUCGUCAGCACUGGCCGCUUACGAGGCACUGUGGUUGGCGGGCGACAGGAUAAAGCAGUGUUUGUCCCUGACAUCUACUCCAGGACACAGAGUACUUGGGUGGAUUCCUUUUUCAGGCAGAAUGGCUAUCUAGAAUUUGACGCUUUAUCCAGACUUGGGAUCCCAGAUGCUGUGAACUAUAUAAAGAAAAGGUAUAAGAAUACCCAACUCUUGUUUUUGAAGGCAACUUGUGUUGGCCAAGGACUCGUAGACCAGGUAGAAGCAUCAGUAGAGGAAGCCAUCAGCUCAGGGACCUGGGUUGACAUUUCGCCUCUGCUACCCAGUUCCUUGUCAGUUGAAGAUGCUGCUAUGCUGCUCCAGCAGGUGAUGAGACCAUUCGGCAAGCUCGCUUCAGCUAUAGUCUUUAGUGACACGGUUGUGGUGAGUGAAAAGUUCAUAACUGACUGCACAGGACUGUUCAGCGAACGGAUGCACCAAAAAGCUGAAAAGGAAAUGAAAAAUAAUCCUGUGCAUUUAAUCACUGAAGAAGAUCUGAAACAAAUUUCCAUUUUAGAAAGUGUUAAUACAAGUAAAAAGGAUAAAAAAGAUGAACGCAGGAAGAAAGCAACAGAGGGCUCUGGAAGUGUAAGAGGAGGAGGAGGGGGCAAUGCCAGAGAAUAUAAAAUUAAGAAAACCAAGAAGAAGGGAAGAAAAGAUGAGGACAGUGAUGAUGAGUCCCAGUCGUCGCAUGCUGGAAAGAAGAAGCCGGACAUCACAUUCAUGUUCCAGGAUGAAAUUGAAGAUUGCUUAAGGAAACACAUUCAGGAUGCCCCUGAGGAGUUUAUUUCAGAGCUUGCAGAAUACUUAAUAAAGCCUCUUAAUAAAAUGUAUCUUGAGGUGGUACGUUCAGUCUUCAUGUCUUCAACAUCUGCUUCUGGAACUGGUAGAAAACGCACAAUCAAGGAUUUACAAGAAGAGGUUUCAAACCUAUACAAUAAUAUCAGAUUAUUUGAAAAGGGGAUGAAAUAUUUUGCAGAUGACACACAGACUGCUCUUACCAAGCACUUGCUGAAGACAGUGUGUACCGAUAUCACUAACCUCAUGUUCAACUUCCUAGCCUCAGAUUUACUGAUGGCAGUGGAGGAGCCUGCAGCCAUUACAAGUGAUAUAAGAAAAAAAAUUUUAAGCAAAUUGACAGAAGAAACCAAAGUAGCUCUCACAAAGCUCCAUAACUCUCUGAAUGAAAAAAGCAUAGAAGACUUCCUGUCUUGCCUGGAUGCUGCCACGGAAGCUUGUGACAUUAUGGUGAAAAAGGGAGACAAGAAAAGGGAAAGACAAAUCCUAUUCCAGCAUCGACAGGCUCUGUCUGAGCAGCUGAAGGUCACAGAAGACCCUGCUCUGAUUUUACACCUCACAUCAGUCCUGUUAUUUCAGUUCUCAACCCACAGCAUGCUCCACGCACCUGGAAGAUGUGUCCCACAGAUCAUCGCUUUUCUUCACAACAAAAUCCCAGAGGAUCAACAUACUCUCUUGGUAAAAUAUCAAGGUUUGGUUGUGAAACAGUUAGUCAGUCAAAAUAAGAAGAGUGGGCAGGGAGAGGAUCCAUCAAGCGAUGAAUUAGACAAGGAACAACAUGAUGUCACAAAUGCUACUCGGAAAGAGCUUCAUGAACUGUCAUUAUCCAUUAAGGACCUUGUUCUCAAGUCCAGGAAAUCAUCUGUCACAGAGGAGUAAUGCCCCUAACUGACUUUUGUUACAUAGUAUUUGCCCCAAAGUAGCUAGAAGGAAGGCCUCCUGCAUGAAUGUCUCCAGAGGCCUCAGAAGUGAUUUAACAAGUGAGAACACUGAAGAAGCAAGCAUUGCUGUGUUCGAAUAAAGCAAGCCACAGGGUACUGUGAGGGAAAGCGUGAGGCACGCUGCAGGACAGUGCAAACCAUGUGUCUGUCUGAGGGGCUAAAGGCACAGAGAUGCUUCUGUCAUUAGCCCAGUCUAGAGUUCUAAGGCUUGGUUGUUUGAUUUCUGUGGCUGCUUUUACCCUUAGUUCUUUGUUGGAACCUGUAUAACAGGUAGCUAGGCUGUUCUAAUGAACACAGAAUCUGUGGGUGUUUAAACUGUGCAGAAAUUAUAUUCUAAAAGUAGACGUGUUUAAAAGUUGAAUUUUUGUUUUCUAUGAUUAUUAGGUAAGACAUACUAAAACAGUUCCUUGGAACAAUAAUUUAAAGCAAGUUAUAAGCAACAUCCUAUUGUUGAAAUUUUAGUUUUUCUGAAUGUAAUAAAAUUAAAACCCAGAUGUUUAAGGAAUGCUAUUUUAUAUAAUGUCAAUGGAAUUUUUAUAUUUUAAAAUGUUUAAAUAAGACUACCUCUUUUCUGAAAUGGCAAAGUGUUAAUAAUACUGCAUAGAAGUCCUUAAUUAUUAAUUAAAAAUUUUGUUAAAGUUGAUGAUAGAGAUUUAUAGAAAACAUUUAGGGGCUGUAGAGGUGUCUCAAUGGGUGCUGCUGCUGCUGCUGUUGUUGUUGUUGUUGUUGAUGGUGAUGGUGAUGAUUUGCAGCACCACGUGGAUGCUUUGUAUCUCCAGUCCCAGGAAAGCCAAUGCUUUCUGGCCGCUCCAGGCACUAAGCAUACACAAGAUGUAUAGGCGCACGUGCAGGCAAAACACCCACACACAUAAAAGAAUAUAAAUGAUUUCACAUGGGUAAUUUUUAUUGUAUAUUUUCAUAUAACCAAAGGAAGAAAAGUAAUAAAUUCUAUGACUCCAAAACCACUUUAUUUUCGUAUUCAGAUUCCAAAUUAGUACCCAACGUACUCAACUUUUGUUUAAUAACAUGUUUCAAAAACUACAAAAGGGAUCCAUAUUUGCUUCAUACUCUACAAUUAAAGUAAACACAAGAGAUGAUCACAUACUCAGUUUAAUUUACAAAAAUAAAGUAGGAAAAUGUAAAGCUGUGUUAAUCUUACUUGCAUUUAUUUCAUUUGUCCAAACAGUUUCUAUUUUUCCUUCAUAAAUAAAAAACGUGUUUAUAAAUUAUACAGCUGAUUUUGUCUCUACAGAUUUAAUUUCU